GUACCCGCUCCUCCCUCCCCAAAGUUCCGCAGUUUCUGGUCAUCCCAUGUACUGUGUCCGCAGUCUCUGGUCAUCUGUAGUAUGUCCGCAGUCCCUGGUGUAUAUCCUGUAAGGUGUCCGCAGUCUCUAGUCAUCUCCUGUACAGUGUCCGCAGUCUCUGGUCAUCUCCUGUACUAUGUCCGCAGUCUCUGGUCAUCUCCUGCACUAUGUCCGCAGUCUCUGGUCAUCUCCUGUAGUAGGUCUGCAGUCUCUGGUCGUCCCCUGUACUGUGUCCGCAGUCUCCGGUCAUCUCCUGUACUGUGUCCGCAGUCUCUGGUCAUCUCCUGUACUGUGUCUGCAGUCUCUGGUCAUCUCCUGUACUGUGUCUGCAGUCUCUGGUCGUCCCCUGUACUGUGUCCGCAGUCUCUGGUCAUCUCCUGUACUGUGUCUGCAGUCUCUGGUCAUCUCCUGUACUGUGUCUGCAGUCUCUGGUCAUCUCCUGUACUGUGUCAGCAGCAGUCUUGUCUGGUUAUCUCUUGUACUGUG